UUCCCUCCUAAAUCGUAAUAACCUAUAAAUAGGUGGAUACCCACACUCCCAUAAGACACAUUUCUGUUCUCUGCGCUUCUUUUCCAAGUUAAAAUCUUCUUUUGAGAAUUUGGAUCUCCCGUCUGUCUGCUGUGCGAUUUCCGAUCCAAUACUCUUCUCAGGUUUGCCUCUUCUCGCACACGAAAACAUUAGCAGAUUCUCCUUUUAGGGUUCUUCCUCGUAUGAUGGAUGAUCCACAAGAAUGUUUGUUCUCUCCGAUUAUAUUGACCUCAGUGAAGGGUCACGCACUCCCCUGGUGGAAAAUUAGGGUUUCAAUUUUAUGGUUCCUUUUGAUUUCUUUAUUAGGGUUUUCUGAAGGGUUGGCGAUACGGUAUAUAGGGGAAAGGGGUAGGAUGAUAGCGUAGUCAUGAUUAAAGUUGAUUUGCAUUAUUUGGAUUUCCACUCAUUCCUCCGGUUUUGAUGGACGUGAAGUUCCGCAAUCUGGAAGCACCGUCAUCGUUUUUGUUUUUGUUUUCUUGUUCGUCUUUUACGUUGUAACUAAGUGUACUAGGGUUUGGUUAAUGGAAUAUUUGGUGAGCAUGUAGUUUGGGGUUUUGAUUGUUGAAUUGAUUCUGGAAGUUAAGUUAUUGUUGAGUUUUGGAUGAAAGUAUGAGUAGUGGAGGAUGUUAUUGAUGGACUGUAGAAUAUGCCUGAUAUGAGAUCUUAUUGGAAUGUGUCAUUUUUUUAGAGCAAUAUGGAUAUAAAGGCUGCAAGAAGGACUGAACGUUUUGGUGCAAGAGCGAUAACGUGUGUCUACUGGCAAGCUGGGAAAUGCAACAGAAACCCGUGCAGUUUUUUGCACAGAGAAACACCAAUACCACCAAAUACUGGAUAUUGUAAUGGCAAGAGUACUUAUUCUCAUAAGUGCAUGAAGAAGCCCCAUUCCUCUGCUAAUAAUAAGUCUUCCCCUAAGCAUAACUCGAAGAAUGUAUUCAUAAGAAAGAUGGGAGGAGGUAGUCUUGCUGGGGAUUAUCAGAAGCCAUCACAAAGUAUUUGUAGAUACUGGGUGAAUGGCAAUUGUGUACGCGGUGAGCACUGUCGCGAUUUGCAUUCAUGGUUUUAUGGUGAUGGCUUUUCAACAUUAGCAAAGCUUCGAGAACACAAGAAGGUUAUCACUGGGAUUGCACUUCCAGCUGGAUCAGAUAAAUUAUAUUCUGGAAGCACUGAUGGGACAAUCCGGACAUGGGACUGCCAUACUGGAAAAUGUGUCAAUGUGGUAAAUCUUGGAGCAGAGGUUAUUUCUAUGAUCAGCGAGGGUCCAUGGAUUUUUAUUGGUCUGAGGAAUGCUAUCAAAUCUGAUUAUGUGGUUGUGGUUAUUGUGAAGGCUUGGAAUGUUCAGGCUGCACUAGAGUUUACUUUAGAUGGACCAAAGGGGCGAGCCCUUUCCAUCGUUGUUGGCAGCGAAACCCUUUUUGCUGGGGAUGAGGAUGGAGUAAUUUCUGCGUGGAGAGGCGGUUCUGAAUCUAUAUCUCCUUUUAAACUGGUUGCAUCACUAAAUGGCCACACCAGCGACGUAGUUUGCCUAGCAGUUGGAGGCAAGAUGCUAUACUCAGGGUCCAUGGACCACAGCAUUAAGGUUUGGGACAUGGAUACAUUAGAUUGUAAAAUGACCCUUAGCGGACAUGCUGACACAGUAACAUCCCUUAUUUGUUGGGACUCUUAUUUGUUAUCAAGUUCGUUUGACUGCACAGUCAAGGUCUGGGUUGCCACCGAAGAGGGAUCUUUGAAAGUGACAUACACACAUAGAGAGGAGAAUGGUGUUCUUGCACUUUGUGGGAUGACUGAUGCAGAUGCCAAGCCAAUAUUGUUUUGCUCUUGCCUUGACAAUUCAGUUCGCCUUUAUGAAUUGCCAUCAUUUUCAGAGAGGGGUCGGUUAUUUGCAAGACGAGAAGUGCGAUCACUUGAGAUAGGUCCUGGUGGUCUCUUCUUUACCGGAGAUGGAACUGGUUCAGUGACGGUGUGGAAAUGGCUGGAUGAGCCCAAGGUGUCAUCAUCUUGAGUUUCUUCACCAGCUGCCUAGAUUUUAGAUUGUCCGUGAUAUUAUGCAUCUGCUUGCCUCUUUCAGUGGGCAGAUCAUUAUUUUUUUGCUUCAUGAGAAGUGAUACUAGUUGUAAAUAAAACAAAACUAUAUAUUCAAUUAAGAAUCCUGGUUCAAUUUUACUACCUUCAGCUUCA